AUGAAUGGGUAUGAAGAGUAUGGACUCAUGCCUGGUGGAAAGGUGAGCUGUAUUCCAAUGCAGGGUUUUGACAUAGUUGCCACCAUUGAAGCAGCCAGUAUUUUGUUCGAAGAUCCUGAAUCUGGCAGUGAGUCAACAUCAAUAGUGAUGAACAACGAUCCUUCUUGCAGGCCGUGGCGGGUUCUCUGUGCUUGUGAGGUUGAAGAUGCGCUCACUCAGUUCCUAUCGUGUCUAUCAAUGCAGAGACCUUCCCUUCAAUCAAACCACCUUUCAGCCCCUUCUCCACAAUUAGUGUUUGAAAGUCCAGUUCGGUCUGGUUUUUUGAUGCCCAGGGGCAUUAACCAUAACCGUAACCGGUCUGCCUUUUCUCCAGAAGUCAAAAGACCAGACCGGACCGCAAAAAACUGCAGUCUGCAGUCUUUUUGCAGUCUAUAG